CGGGCAGAGGGAGGACUCUGCGGAGAUGAAGCGAGCCGCGCCAUGAAACCAGGGGCCUGGGGACCUGCGCACACCUGGGCCUCCUUCACCCCGUCCUGGCGCGCCCCCACGGGUGCCCGCCGCCCGGAGAGCCGCCCCGUCCCAGGCGCCGGGCCGGCAGGGAAGCUUGGCAGCCGGUUCCCACGGGGGGGCCGGCCCCGCUCGGGCAGGCCAGCUGAGGGGUGACUCUCCCCACCCGGGCCCAGGCUGAGGAGAUGGAGGAACAGGUGUUCAAGGGGGACCCGGACACCCCCCACUCCAUCUCCUUCUCGGGCAGCGGCUUCCUCUCCUACUACCAGGCUGGGGCGGUGGACGCCCUGCGGGACCUGGCCCCCCGGAUGCUGGAGACCGCCCAUCGCUUCGCCGGGACGUCGGCGGGCGCGGUGAUCGCCGCCCUGGUCAUCUGCGGCAUUGAGAUGGAUGAGUACCUGCGCGUCCUCAACGUGGGCGUGGCCGAGACAAAGAAGUCCUUCCUGGGGCCGCUGGCGCCCUCCUGCGGGAUGGUGCAGAUGAUGCGGCGGUUUCUGUACCAGGCCCUGCCUGAGGACUCCUACAAGGCCGCCACCGGCAAGCUGCACGUGAGCCUCACCCGCUUCACCGACGGAGAGAGUGUCGUGGUUUCAGAGUACACGUCCAAGGAGGAGCUCAUCGAGGCCCUGUACUGCAGCUGCUUUGUCCCCGUGUACUGCGGCCUCAUCCCCCCGACCUACCGCGGCGUGCGGUACAUCGACGGCGGCUUCACGGGCAUGCAGCCCUGCUCCUUCUGGACGGACGCCAUCACCAUCUCCACCUUCAGCGGCCAGCAGGACAUCUGCCCCCGGGACUGCCCCGCCAUCUUCCACGACUUCCGCAUGUUCAACUGCUCCUUCCAGUUCUCCCUGGAGAACAUCGCCAGGAUGACCCACGCCCUGUUCCCCCCAGACCUGAUGGUCCUGCACAAUUACUACUACCGAGGGUACGAAGAUGCCGUUCUGUACUUGAGGCGGCUGAAUGCUGCUUACCUCAAUUCUCCCUCCAAGAGGGUGAUUUUCCCCCGGGUGGAAGUGUACUGCCAGAUAGAACUCGCCCUUGGCAACGAGGGCCCGGAACACAGUAAGCCGAGCCCCCAAGCGGAGCAGGGCGGUCUGGAAGAAUCCACGCAGCUUCCCACACAAUGGGAUCCCAAAGAGCAAGAAAGCGGUGGCCAUGGUCCACUUGGGUCCCCACCUAUACAGACACCCGAAUCCACACAUGAGUGGCCUGUGGAGUCACCCGCUCCACCACCUGUCUCUUCAUCUGAGCAGUCACCUACAGCGACACUGGGCUCUUCAUCGUCACGCUCUCCAGCUGACUUGCCACCUGUGUCACUCCCAGCUGUGCCCUCACCGCCCAGCUCAACUCCUGGUCUGUCACCUGAGCCACCACAGAAGCAGGUACAACUGACUGGAUCACCACCCGAGUCCCCACCCUCCCAGCCAUCUCUGUCACUCAGGCCACGUCCGGGGCCUUCAGCUGGGAGGGCACCUCACACGUUGCCUCGAUGUUCUUCGACAUCCCCUGCACAGCCACCUGUGGAGGAGCUGGGCUCAGCACGGCCCCAAGUUCCUCUGGCCUCUGUGAAUCCGCACAGCACCGCGCCUCUGGCCACCGUGAAGGAGACCAGCAGCCAGCCGGAUGCCGCGGCGAGCCCUGCCGGAGACUCCAACUGCGUGAACAAGGCAUUCAAGAAGAACAAACCAAAGACAAGUGGCACCAGAAGAGGCUUCCCGAGACACCCACGAUCCAAAAAGCCAGGCAGCAAAGUGCAGUGAGCAUGGCUAACGUUUCUUACAUCCCACGGGCAGGA